ACCCGCGCGCAAAAGAAUCCGCCCGCGCAUCGAUUCCCCGCGCUCUCCCUGUCCCUCUCCCGAAUCCAGAUCCGCCGGCCGCCGCGCGCAGUGGCGCACCCGUCCGCCAUGGGCCGCCGCCUCCGCUCCCCUCCUCAGGGGUCCGACGAGCGCCACCGCUUCCUCCGCCCCGGCGCGCUCGCCAGGCUCCGCGACUCCAAGAUCGUCGCCCGCUCCCUCCGCUCCGCCGCCUCUGCGGCUUCCUGCGCGCGGCCGCUGCUCCCGCCGUGCUCUCCUCCUCGUCCCGCCACGCCGUCGCUCUCUGCCGAGGCCGGCGGCGUGCCGCACUUCUUCUUUGGGGGCUCAGUUGCUAGGGCCCCGCGGUACCCGCUCCGGAAGAAGCUCGCCGCGGCCAGGGGCGUGGUGUUCCUGCCGCCGCCGCCGCCCAUGUCGCCCGACGCGGCCGCGGAUGCGUUCUUCGGAGCGUUCGCUACGGCGCCGUCGGAGAUGGUCGCCGCGCACUGAGUAGGGCCGAUUGUUGUGCCGCUCGCCCCUUGGGAGGCUGCGGAGGUGCUCUGGACGUGCGCCAUCGGGGCUAGCCGUCGAGCUUUCCCGUGCUGCACGACUGUUGUUUAGGCUUUGGUUAGAUCUGUGCAGAUGGCUUGCGUCAUCUUUUAGGAAUUGCUGAUUUGGAGUAGAAACAGACUGUGUAAUUGGAAUUUAAGACAAUAAUACUCUUGUGCUUGUUUUGACUCCAUAGUUUCAAGUUAUCUUUUAGAAAAAACCCGGCUUGGUAUUUUUUAU